AUUUUGAAGACACUGACUUUACUUGGAUAUACAGACUCUUUAAAUCUGAAUAAAACUACUACAACAGCCUAGUUAUAGAGAAACCGGGCCUUUAAGUGAUUCACAGAUCUAGUGACAUCACCUUAUUUUUACUCUGUAAAAACUACAAACGCCUAACACGAAUCUUGUGGUUAAUAAAGUUAACAAAAAUCGAAUGCUAGUUAACAAAAGUAGACUUGAACUAAAAACUGAAAUAAGUUGAUGUUUUAAAUGGCCAAGAAUGUGCUGCACCAACCAGUAUUAUGCUUGCAUUUAUUUUUUUUUAGUUAUUGGUGUUUUAAAAAAAAAAAAAAACACUUUAAAAGCUAAAAUAAUAUGUGGUCUAUUUGUCCAAUGCAAGAUGUGGGAAGUUGCAAAUAUUCCUAUGUCGUCACCUGGGUCUCAGUCCAAGCCUUCCCUUGCUUGUGUUGAUCAAAUACUUUAUUACUUUUUUGGUUAGUUUUUUUUUCCCUGGUGUUACCUCAGUUUGUUUGCUUGUUAAUUAAAAUUUAGGUUAAAAUGGCAUUAGUUUUGCAGUAUUUACCAAAUUAAAAUGGGGUGAUGUCAUUGGACCUCUGCAUCAAUUAAAAGGCUCUCAAAAAGGAAAAAAGCUAAAAUUUUGGCUGUUAAUACUCAUGGACCAUGCCUAGUUAGAUUUUGUCAAACUAGAAUUAACAGUUUUAUUCAUAUUUUUUAGUGGUCUGCGUAUCCUAAUAGUAUGCUGGUAAAGUAAUUUAGGUCUAUUGAAGUUAGUUAUGGAUCCUAGCUUUCCCAUUGGAGAAAUGCUAUCUUUUCAGCACUAAACUGACAGUGCAAAUAUAUUUGAGGGGAAGGGUAAUAACCAUUUGCUGGCUGUCCACUAGAAGCACUCCAGCAGUUUAUCACACUGCAUUGCAUCUUUAGACAGAAAGGAGCUUUUAAUCACCUGCUGCUGUGGGUCCUGUUAUAAUGAAAACUGACCCGCUUGCGGGAUUUCAUCCUAAACAUUACAAAAAUUACAGUUGAGUUCAACCUGUACAGUGUUGUGCUUCCACCAUACAUUGCAACAUUUGCGUAUGUGUUCAAGCAGUGUGGUUCAUUUUCAGCACUUAGAUCAAAUUAAGAGCUGAUCCUUCAGAUCAGAAUGCCAGUGCGGCCACAGCUGCGCUGAGAGUACACUGGAUAAAAUGGAUAAACCCCUGCCCUCACUGUUUGUAAAUUACCUUGCAUGCCCUGUCAGUGAAUGAGACACCCAGCUCGGACCUGUUAGUGUUCUCUGAAGCUUCCAGUAAGAUCCAUGACAAUAUACAAAACAGGGUGUAAUUUUGAUAAUUACAUAUUUAUAAGAAAGAUGUUUUUUUUUGCAGACCAUAAGCAGCACUGGGGCACGAAGGAAAUAUUGAUGUGUUUUGUGCAAAGUUAUUUCCUCAGAAUAAAUACACUUCAGAGUGAAUUAAAGUUGCUGAAUUAUUUCCUCGAUGUUGUACGUCAGAAUCGAGUUAAUCUGAGGGAUGUAUUUGUCUAACGGGGAUCAUUACAGCUCCUAUCAAGUGUCUCAUGUGCCUCAAGUGUUCAUUAGAGAAGUGUUGCUUGCAUUUUAAUUGGUUUAAAAGAUGAAUAGAUCAGCAGAUGGAUCAUGCACAGUGCUUUCCAUUGUGUUUGGAGUGUGUAUUGAUGAAUUGGGCAUUGUGCUUGACAGCAGUGGAUCUGAUUGUAAUAAAAAAUAAAUGAAUAAAAUCUUGCACCUAAAUGGUCUGCAAGGGGAAAAUACACACAGCAAUGCAGAGAAAAUAGCUUAAAUUCAAGGUUACCACAGACUCGAUUGAUCUGAAAUUAUAUGCUUGAGCGAUUCACAUCAUCCACUCUUUGACUGCACAAAUAGAGCAACUCUGAGUCUGAUUGGACCAUUGCUAAUUGGUCUAAAGUGAACACCCUUUUGUUGGUAUGAGCAAAGGAAAUCGCAAAGAAAAAGAAUGGAAAUCUUUGUCUUCGCUAACUUUGGGUUGGAGACAAUGCUAAUCUAACUUAGCUGUUAGCCUUAGAGAUACAUAUUGGAGUACAGUCAUUAUAUGUGUAAGUAUGGCACUUCGUGUGUCCAUUCUGUUUGCAGUAUCUGACUUGGGUGUGAGCCUAAAUCAGGCAAUGCAAGUGUUGGUUAUCAGGCCAAUACAAAGAAGAGACUGUUGAAGAGAUUAUUGAUUUGUUUAUAUUUCAUCCAGUUUUUGCCUAAACUGACCUUGGUUGUUAAGGUUAGCAUGCAGGCGACAGUCAGAUAGGUGGUUAACGCAGCGCUCAAGCUGUGCUUGAAUUACCUGUAGGCGGGAAAAGCUGAAGGUAAAAUUGUUAACCUGGAAAGUGCUCUAAUCAACUUUUACAGUUAGCUACAACUAUGUAUAAAAUAUAUGUAAUAAGAUUUCGCAGUUGGUAUAAAUUACCACAUAAUGGUAACUAGCCAUUUUGUCAAGUUGUAACUGUAAAACACAAUAAAAAAUCCUAACACUUAAUCUUUUGCUAGCCUAAAGACAUCUAACCUACUCAUUUCGCUUUCUCCCUCAAUCAAAAUGGUGGCUCAAAGUAAUUGGGUACGGAAAGUAGCAUGAUAUGACAUCACACGCCAAAGACCACCCAUUUAGCUCAUUUUCUCGACACCUCAUUGGUUGGGCUUGAGCAUGUAUCACGUGACUUGCUGCUGUGGGGGGUGGGGGGUCGCAGGAGCCACGCCCCCUACCUAGCUAUUAGAUGGGAAUGGUAAAUGUGGGCUCACCAGGUCAGAUGUGGCAUGAAAUUCAGAAAGUGAACCACUGAGUGCGUCACCUGGGCAACCGGGAGCCGGGCUGAGGGUUCCAGUGAGAGAAUAAAAAGUUAUUCGGGUUUUAGCAGACGAGCUCUCCCAUUGGUCAGUUUGUGCUGUAUGCAAAUGAGGCAGCUACGUCAGAUCCUGAACUUCAGCGCCAUUUUUUCCUCAAUAGGGGGGAAGAAAGGGACAAAAGCUGGACCAAAAAAGAAAAAAAAUAACUUGUCUCCGGAGUGGUUUCGCAAACAUCACGUUUCAUAUUUAAGCAGGGUGUUCGUAGAGCGGUGUGCACGGACAGCGAAUGCCGCUCGGGGGAGCGUCUGCGCGCAGAACCGCCAGUAGACGCAGCUCACUGACACACACAGUUGCGGGCCGGUGGAAGUGGGAAAACCCUUAGCUCUGUCGGUGGUGGCACAGCGACAACUAACGUUAAUCUACGCUGAAAAUUGGACGAGGGCUUGUGAGGAAUCAUGUAUCAGGUCCCAGUUGGAAAUAUCGAAAAGAUCCGCAAAGCGAGGAAGGCAGUGAAGAGCAUCUUGAGUGAGAUCGGCCUGGAAGACUGUCAGAACCUGCUGAAGGAAAUAAAUGAAAACUCUGAGAAAAACUCGGAUGAAGAUGAUGCUUUUCAGGAAACUGAGUGGAUGGAUUUUGCGGAAGGAUACUACAGCAGAAUGCAAAAGAAGUGGCCGUAUCGGCCUCGAUCUCUGUGCUGCAGCCUGUGCAAGUACUCUUCACAAAACAUCUACAACUUCAGGAGCCAUGUCUCCCGCUGCCACGGUUACGUCCAGUCCUUCUGUGCGCUGACACCCUGCUCACAGUGCGUCUUCAUCGGCCACCCCAAGGUUGUGAAGAAGCACAUGCUGUUCUUCCACGCCAAACUCCCUGUGUCAAACACCCAGAUACCGCUGCAGAGGGAAACAUCUUUACCCACCCAUCGUGGAAACGAGAGGUAUCAGUGUCGAAGAUGUGCGUUUCCCACCUCUUCUAUCUUUGCAAUGAAGAAGCACAUUAUUCUGAAGCACAUGGAGAGUUUGGCAGAGCAGUACAUCGGUUACAGGUUGCACCUUCAGGGGAAUUCAUCCGUCAAAGUGUAUUGCUGCAAGAUGUGCAAGGUGAACACUGGAACUCUAGACCAAAUGUUGCAUCACAUGCUCAUUGAGCCAUCACAUUAUACAGUAAGCACACAAGUGCAGGUUCUGAUUUAUGAGAAUAAGAACUACAUUGUUAAACCGACUCCUAAUGGGAAUGGUGUGUUUGUGACAUUCCCAAGUAUUGCUCCCAAACCACAGCAACCUCAAAUGCUCAAUAGUAAAUCUUUGGUCUUGCCAAGUAACGGCCAACCUGCUGGGACUGUAGUGACAUUACAGCAAGUACAAGGGACUGCAAACAGUACCACUCUGAUCUGUGCCCCUGGAACAAACCAAGCUUUCCUGCCACCUCAGGCCUCAGCGCUAGUGCAGCUAGCUAGUGCUGAGGCUAAAGGUUUGCUUCAGCCCGGUGCCACGAUAGCCCUCCGAAGUGCUUUGCCCCAAGGACCGCCUAUGGUCCAGCUUCCCACAGUUUCGAAUCUUGCUCUAAAACAGGCGCCAGUGACCUUAACUCCCGCUUCAGCGCCUCCUUCAGCUCCUGCUCCUGCACAACAGACCCCACAAGCGCAGCAGAUCCUCCUUCAGUCGGGACUGCAGGCGAACGUAGCAGCUGGACCUGGGACUGUACCCAAGCCUGCUGCAGUUACACACAGUUUAGCAACAAACCAAAUCGGCCUACAAGGUACUAUGUUGACUUCACAGUCUCUGCUGAGUCACCUGAUCCCGACUGGCAACAAGGUGAACGGAAUGCCCACGUACACUUUUGCUCCCCUGCAAGUAGCAGUGCCAGUCUCUCACAGCACAAGUACUGCCCUCAAGUCAGUUGAACAAAUAAAUUCCACGCCACAAACUAAGAAAUGGAUAACCUGUCCCCUCUGCAAUGAACUCUUCCCUUCCAAUGUCUUUGACAUGCACACUGAGGUCGCCCACCAGACAAAAUCUUCCUCGUCCAAGUCAGAAAGUGUAGCUGCGCGAGCUGCAUUCCUGAAAAAAAUGCCUGACAAAACUGUGAAAUGUCUAACCUGCAAAAUUCUACUAUCAGAAAAGAGCGUCUUCCAGCACCUGCUGCAUGGCUUGAAUUGCUUGUACUGCUCAGCCUUGUUCUUCUCAAUCAAACAGCUCAUCGAACAUGUAAAGCAGCACAAUCCUACAAGCAAGGCAUACUGUGAUUUCCUGAGGCAGAAGUACAGAGUCUACUCAAAGGGUGCUGGAGGGAUCCUGUUCCCUUAUUUUGACGUUCACACCUCUGCGCCAAGAGAGAUCCUUGGUGACGCAGAGGUCAAGCUCGCCUUGGUCACAAGUUCCCUAGAUCUGAUUUUCUUUAAGUUGCAGCCCAGCAACCACCCGGAAAUCUGCUCCGUGCCCGUCAAAGUCAACAGCUCCUACUGUCCCUUUUGUGAUGAAAAGUUUCAGCAGGAGUCAGACUACUUGCAGCACCUGAAACAGAAGCAUUUUGUAGCACCCACUAUCCACGCUAUUCUCAAGACGGAGGCUUUCAAGUGCAUAUACUGCAACGGCGUGUACACAGGAAAGGUCACCCAGCAGGCUGUGAUGCUCCACAUUCAGCGAUGUCGUUGUUCACCCAAGCCACAACAACCACCCACACCUGCUGCAGCACCCCAGCCGCCACCAAAACCAGCUCAGCAGGUCAAUCAGGCUUCCGGUCUCUACUUCCUUCAAGUACCACAAGGGCUGACUAUGAAACAGACAUUGACUCCAGCUCGCGUGACUCCAGCUCGUGUGGCUCCAGCUCGGGUUGCUCCAGCUCGCUUGAUUCCUAUCGUGCGCCCCACAGAGCCUCCGGAAACCGAAGCAGAGCUGCAGUCGAAGAGGAGACUGGAAGCUGCGUGGCGGGAGGUCCUCGAGGCCAACAAACGAGAGCGAGAACACAGGGCAGCCAUGCGCAAGAAGCGAGAGCAGGAGAAGUUGUUGCCUCCGCCAGAGCCCGAAGUUCAGAGCGACACGGCGGUCAAGCUGCUCCUGGAGCCCACCCCAACGGAGCGCCGCUGCAGCGAGGAGCGUAGAGACUUCAUAUCCAAAUACUUCAACGUGAACCCGUACGCGACCAAAGCAGAGACCGAAGAGCUGUGCAAGAGGCUGUCUCUCACCAAGGCGGAGCUGGCGGCGCUCUUCAGCAAGAAACGCAGCAAGUGCAUGAAGAGUCUCAAGAGGAACACUGCAGGCAUCCUCCUCGGCUUCAACAUGGCCGAACUGAGCAAACUCAAGCACAACCUGGUCAUCCCGGAGCAGCAGCCUGCCGAAUCAGCAGCUGACACGACAGAGGAGAUGGAAAGCGGCGAAGACGCACCAGAACCGAUGGACGAAAGUGGAAAUGAAAAAGUCACAGAUGGGGAGCAGAUGGAAUGAGCUCAGAAGUGCGUGAAAGUGGAACCUGAAAAAGUGCAAAAAAAUUAAUAAAAAUAAAAUAAUGCAUUUAAAAGAAGAAAAUAAGCUCAUUAAUAAUGACCACGUUUGUGUUAACAGUCAUCUGAGAGGUUGACCAUGCAUUGUAAAUGGAUGAUGUAUAACCUUACAUAGAAGCUUACCUGUAACAGAGGGUGGUUUAUUAAUGUAGCCUUCAUUAUUAGUGCUUCGUUUGACUUCAGUACAUCGUCAGUGGUCCAUAUUUUUCCACAGAAAUGCAAAGCCUUGUGGGAAAGCAGGUCCAAGUGUAUUGUCUGAUACGUUGCAUUUAGCUAGAUACGAUAUCUCUUUCCACAAUGGUUUCAACUUAAGUGCUUCUGCCUCUUUUUGCAAUCAUUAUUUUUGUUCAUUUGUAUUUGGUGCACACCGCAACACAAACAAGCUGAUCAAACCAAGUUUUCCCUUUCCAUGUUUGUUUGUUUUAACCGGUUCUCACCUUUGCCUUUUGAUUUCCGCCACUGGAUCUUUUAAGAUUACUCACUCCACUUGUCCCUCAACAUUUAUACAGUUUAAGGAGAUUACUAUCUUUUUUAUUUUCUAUUUUUUUUUUU